AUGCUGAUCUCCACGCAGCCCCCCUCUAAUAUCUUGACCUCACCACGUCUAUCACUAACGGCGUUUUCUUCGCCGUGUGCUGAGCGACGCCUGAGCCAUGCCACAACAGGCAAACAAAGACUCCCCGCGAAAUCAUGGGAUAGCCACAUGCAUGUCGUGGAACCCCAGCGGUUCCCUGUCUCUAAGGCAGCAGUAUAUCAACCAUCUGUACACACACUUGCCGAUGCUCUCGCCUUCGAGUCGUCUGUCGGUGUUGAGAACCUCGUGCUCGUCCAGCCCUCUAUUUAUGGCACAGACAACUCGUGCCUGCUGGCUGCUCUAACUAAACUCGGUCCAUCUCGAGGUCGUGGCGUGGUUGUUGUCGACCCGCUUACUACCAGGCCCGAAUCCGAGAUCUUGGACGAGUGGCACACAAUCGGCGUUCGUGGUCUGCGGGUCAACCUCCAGUCUGUCGGGAAGGUGAUGGAGCAAGCUGAAUUGGAGGAGACUCUACUUCGACAUGCCGAUAUUGCACGCCCUCGGAACUGGAUCAUUGAACUAUACCUUCCUCUCAAGAUGAUGCCUGUCCUCGAGUCCAUUGUGCCUCGCCUCGACAUUACUGUUUGCAUCGACCACUUUGGCAGUCCCGAGCUAUCCCUUCCAAAGGGAGAAGACGGGCUUCCCUUCGACCCAUACACACUCCCCGGUUUCCGAUCUCUGAUUUCUCUUCUCCAUUUGGGAAACACUUAUAUCAAAGUUUCCGCACCAUACCGACUUACCAGUGACCAAACUCAACACCAACUUAAAGCUAUGGCCCGCGAGUUCCUAGCGACUGCCCCGGAUCGCACCGUCUAUGCUACCGACUGGCCUCAUACUCGCUUCACCGGCAUUGACAUCAAUCCUUUCACUGAGUGGUGUUUGGAUCUUUGCUCGGGUGUGCCGGGGCUGGCAGAGAAACUGUUUCGGAGGAAUACCGAGCGGAUGCUGAGUGUGGAGUCCAGCUGA